AUGAAUGAGAGAAUUCACGCUACUUCGAAAGUCAUCACACAGAAGCAGCUUGUUGCACUGCAUGAGCGUCAUCUUUUCACUUUAAGUGGACAAGCAGGUGUCUUUCGAACGGAUCUCGCGGUCGGAUAUCGGAUCUAUCGUAACUUUCUCUCAGAGAAGAUUGAUAUUACGGGCAAAAACUCUACUGAGAGACUGAUGACUAAAAGGCGCCAGACACAACGGUCACUCGAAGAACGAAUCCACCCUUUUAUCGAAGAGAAUGGACGUGGUGCAUUGCUAAUUAAUAGGCUUUCCACUUUUGUUCCGAGCUGCAGAUAG